AUGACUUACAAGGCAACAGCCCCCAAAUACAUCCCUCCAAAUUUUGAGCUGGCAUCAUCAGACCUCGCCAAGAUGGACGCCGCGACGAUAGAAGAGACGAAUCGCAUACGUGUGUCGCUGGGCAUGAAGCCUCUGCCCGUCCCGGGUGCGGAAGUGGCCAGCGACUCGGACUCCGAACCGGACGAAGAGCGCGGCAGCACGCUCGAGACCCGCGAGGCCGAGGGCGGCGACAACUACAAGAAGUACCUCGACGACGAGGCCAACAAGCGGCGGCGCGAGCAAAGGGCCGCCGCCACCAGGAGGGCGCGCGAGCUGGCCCAGCGCAACAUCGUCCUCGACGGCAAGGGUCUGGGCGAGGCCGACGCCGCCGACGCCGCCGACGCGCGCGCGUGGCUGACCGGCCAGAAGAAGCGCCAGAAGAAGAUUGACAAGGCGCGCAAGCUUGAGGCGGAGCUGGCGGUAGCGGAGGCGGCGGCGGCGGCGGCCGUGCAGUACACGUCCAAGGACCUGGCCGGCAUCAAGGUCGGCCACGACAUGUCGGCGUUCCUCGACGGCGACGAGCAGAUCCUGACGUUGAAGGACGCGGCGAUUGAUGCCAAUGACGAAGAGGAUGAGCUGGAGAACGUGGCCGUCCGCGAGCAGGAGAGUCUAAACGAUAAGCUGGAUGUGCUGAAGCAGCGUCCUGGCUACAAUCCCAUGGAUGGCGAGGAAUCCAGCGGCAUCCUUGCGCAAUACGACGAAGAAAUCUCUGGCAAGAAGAGGAAGCGCUUCACGCUCGAUGAAACGGGCAUGAACGCCGAGCUAGCAGACAUUCUCAGUGCGCCAGCCGCAAAGAAGACGCAGCAGAACGUCUCCCUGGACGAUAUCGUUGGUGACGGAACACAGCCCUCAUCCGACUACCUCGACGCCUCGCAAAUAAAAAUCAAGAAACCCAAGAAGAAGAAGUCCAAGCAAACCAGACAAAAACAACAAGACGAGGACGACAUCUUCCCGUCAGAGCCUGUCCCUGAAGCAGAUAACGAGAUGGACGUGGACAGCAAAGACGGCAUCCGCAAGAAGCCAAAGUCAGUAUCGGACACCUUCGUCGACGACGACGACCUGCAAGCGUCACUAGCGACACAAAGAAGAAACGCGCUCAAGAAGCGGAAGAAGAUCCGCCCAGAAGACCUAGCAAAGAUGCUGAAGGAGCAAGGGGACCAGGAGGAUGGUCUCGAAGCUCAACAAGAUGGUGGUCUCGUUAUUGGAGCUGUGUCUGAGUUUGUCUCUGGUCUGGCCGCUCCCGAAGAAGUCGUCCGCAAACCAAAGCGAAGCCCCUCACCAAAGCGAAAAGCGAAGCCCGAGGAGCAUGGCGAAGACCAUGUCAUGGAGGACCUGGACGACGCGCAGGUUCAUGAGACAGAAUACCCAGAACCCCAGGAACAGCAAGACCAGGCCGAGGAAGAGGAGAAGAUGGUCGGCAGCGGCAUGGGCGCCGCCCUCUCCCUGCUCCGCGAGCGCGGCCUCGUCGAGGCCUCCAAGGGCGACGAGGAGCACGCCGCCUUCCGCGGGCGACAAGACUUCCUCGCGCAGAAGCGGCGUCUCGAGGAGGAGCUCGACGCGGAGACGCGGCGGCAGCGCGAGCGCGACCGCGCCAGCGGCAAGCUGGACCGCAUGUCCGUGCGCGAGCGCGAGGAGUACGCGCGGCAGCAGAACCAGUGGCGCGACCAGCAGCAGUCGCGGCGCGUCGCGGAGCUCUUCGCCGCCAGCUACCAACCCACCGUGGCGCUCAAGUACCGCGACGAGCUCGGCCGCGACCUCGACACCAAGGACGCCUUCAAGCACCUCAGCCACCACUUCCACGGCAAGUCCAGCGGCAACAUGAAGCAGCAGAAGCUGCUCAAGAAGAUGGAGGAGGACCGGCGGCGGGAGGCCCAGAGCAUGUUCGACGCCAGCCAGAGCGCGGGCAUGAGCAGGGCCACGGCGCAGCAGCUUAAGAAGCGCAAGGAGGCGGGUGUCCGUUUGGGGUGA